AUGGUGACGGGCUCGGCGCUGGGCUCCCGCAGCCGGGACCGAGCCGCGCCGCCCCCCUGCCCGUCCCCGUCGGCGGGCGGGCGGCGCGGCGGGGCGGCGGCGGCGGCGGCGGUGCUGGCGGGGCUGUGCGCCCUCUGCUACGGCAACUCCCUGCGGGGCGAGUUCGUGCACGACGACGUCUGGGCCAUCGUGAACAACCCCGACGUGCGGGCGGCCGCCCCUGUGGCCGCCGCUUUCGCCAACGACUUCUGGGGCAAGCGGAUGGCCGAGAACACCAGCCACAAGUCCUACCGGCCCCUCUGCGUCCUCACCUUCAAGUUAAACAUAUUGCUGGCUGGUAUGAACCCCUUCUAUUUCCACGCAGUGAAUGUAAUUUUACACUGUCUAGUGACUCUUGUGCUGAUGUACACUUGUGACAAAGCUGUGUUCAAGGACUGUCGACUUGCUUUUGUCACGGCGCUGUUCUUUGCUGUGCAUCCCAUUCACACCGAGGCUGUAACAGGUAUAGUAGGCAGAGCGGAUGUCCUAGCCUGCCUACUCUUUCUGUUGGCUUUUCUCUCCUAUAAUAGGAGUGUGGAUCAGCUUUAUGUUGGGGAACAUUUCCCUCCCACUGCCUCCCCGCUCUUCUUGCUGCUUAGUUUAUUCCUUGGGACUUGUGCAAUGCUGGUGAAAGAAACUGGAGUCACUGUGUUUGGUGUGUGCUUGGUUUAUGACUUCUUUUCCCUCUCCUGCAACGGACUCAAACUGAGAAACGGGGGGAUCCACCAGAGACCUGCCCGGCAGCCUGCGGCUUCUCCCUCUGCCUCGCUGCAGGUCCCUCCAGCCGGCCGGGAGAACGGGAAGCAUCGCUUUGCUCAGCGGGGCACCUGGAGCUCCUGCCACCCGGCAUCACCCGAGGGGCAGAGGAGCGGUGGCCUUUCUGUGCCCAGCAAAGCCAUGUGGGCCAUUCGGAGCUACCUGACUGCAAAUAACAACCAGAAUUUCUUGUAUACUGCAAGGCCCUUUUUGAAGAGAGCUGCUUUGGUAAUAAGCUACGUGAUUCUUGUGUUGUAUUUUCGCCUCUGGAUAAUGGGAGGAUCCAUGCCGAUGUUUUCGGAGCAGGACAAUCCAGCUUCAUUCUCGCCGUAUUUACUGACGAGGUUUCUAACUUAUUCCUACCUUCUGGCCUUCAAUGCGUGGCUUCUGCUGGCACCGAUCACCCUGUGCUACGACUGGCAGGUUGGCAGCAUCCCUUUGAUCGAGUCCGUCUGGGAUGUGAGGAACUUAGCGACAGUGUUCCUGGUGCUGGUGAUGACAUUACUCAGCCUACACUGCAUAGCUGCAUUCAAGAAACUGGAACACAAAGAAGUUUUGGUUGGCUUGUUGUUCCUGGUUUUCCCAUUCAUCCCAGCCAGCAACCUCUUCUUCAGGGUGGGAUUUGUGGUGGCAGAGCGAGUCCUUUACAUGCCGAGUAUGGGGUACUGCAUCCUUUUUGUCCACGGUCUAAAAAAGCUGUCUGUGUGGUUAAGUAAGUGGAGAAUUACUGUUCUGACCCUCUUUGCUUUACUGCUGCUGCUCUUCUCUUGGAAGACCGUGAAACAGAAUGAAAUCUGGCUGUCACGAGAAUCCCUUUUCAGCUCAGGUGUGAAGACCCUGCCCCACAAUGCCAAGGUGCACUACAACUACGCCAAUUUCCUGAAAGACCAGGGCCGUAAUGUCGAGGCGAUCUACCACUACAAAACUGCUCUCAAACUGUACCCUCGUCAUGCAAGUGCUCUCAACAACUUGGGGACGUUGACCAAAGACGUGGUGGAGGCAAAGGACUACUACAGACGGGCCCUUCAGUUAAACCCUCAGCACAAUCGAGCUCUCUUCAAUCUCGGCAACCUGCUCAAGUCCCAAGGGAAGAAGGAAGAAGCUGUAAUCUUACUGCGGGACUCCAUUAAGUACGGCCCAGAGUUUGCAGAUGCUUACUCAAGCCUGGCCUCGCUGCUAGCCGAACAGGAACAGCUUAAGGAAGCGGAGGAGGUCUAUAAGGCUGGCAUAGAGAAUUGUCCAGAGAGCUCCGAUCUGCUUAACAACUACGGUGUUUUCUUGGUUGAUACCGGGGCUCCCGAGCAAGCCGUGUCCCACUACAGGCAGGCCAUCCGCCUGAGCCCUGCUCACCACGUGGCCAUGGUGAACCUGGGCAGGCUUCACCGCUCCCUGGGGCAGAAUAAAGAGGCUGAAGCGUGGUACAAGCGGGCACUGAAGGUAUCCCGGAAGGCUGAAAUCCUGUCCCCACUGGGGGCUCUGUAUUACAACACGGGGCGGUAUGAAGAAGCGUUGCAGGUUUACAGAGAAGCGACAUCACUGCAGCCUUCGAACAAAGAGAUCCGACUGGCGCUGGCUCAGGUUUUAGCAAUGAUGGGGCGGACGAAGGAAGCUGAAAAGAUGACGAACCACAUACUCAACGAGGAUGUGGAAUGUCUGGAGUGCUACCGCCUUCUGUCAGCCAUCUACAGCAAGCAGGAGCACUAUGCCAAGGCACUUGAAGCUAUAGAAAAAGCUCUUCAGCUAAAACCAAAGGAUCCAAAAGUCAUAUCAGAGCUCUUUUUCACUAAAGGAAACCAGCUAAGAGAACAGAAUCUCCUUGACAAGGCUUUUGAGAGCUAUAAACAGGCUGUGGAGCUCAACCCAGACCAAGCGCAGGCCUGGAUGAAUAUGGGAGGCAUUGAGCACAUCAAGGGGAGCUACGUCACUGCCCGUGGCUACUAUGAGAAAGCCUUACAGCUGGUUCCAAACAGCAAGUUGCUGAAGGAGAAUCUGGCCAAACUGGAUCGCUUGGAGAAGCGGUUUCAGGAAGUCCAGGAGAAAGACCAAACAUAGCAUUCAGUUACCAGUGGAAAGAAACUCAUGCCCCUUGGAGAAAAGUAUGGUGGAAGCCUAUUGCUGGAAAUGAUGCUGAAGGAACUUGGAUAGGACUCAGAAUUACGGAAGGCAAAUUUUGAAUGCAUGCUUAUGUUUGACCAAAGUUACAGGAGACACUCAGCUCCUGUGGGACAUGUUGGAGAAUGAAUGAAAACCUUCCUUUAAUCAAGAUUGAUGUUUAGGCUGAACCCAUUUUAAUCACACCAGGAGUGUGGGUGGGACAUGUACCUUCAAUAUCUUGGUUAUCACUGGGGAAAGCAUGGAGACAAAGCACUCAUCCAUUGCAGUGGGGGUGAAGUAACACCUGUUACUGAACACAGGCUAACCUUGUCCACGUAAAGUACCACUGAUGAGCUUCAUUGCAAGUGCUGCCAGGUCCUUCUGAGCCAGGAAGGAUGGUCGUAAUGGUCACAUAAAAAGAUUUCAAGGUGUUAAUGCUGAGGAAAUGGUUGCCACUUACACUCUAAAUGUGACUUGAAAACUAUUCUAAAGAAAGGGAAAACACUGUCUGAAUAUUACCCUAGAAGGAUGAUUCUACAAGUAGGACAAAUGAUCCUUUGAGAGAAAACCUCAGCUGAAUGUUUUACUCAGAUGAUGAUCGUCAUUUUGUAAUAAUUCAGGUUCAUGGUGUCAGCAUUGUCAAAUAGCAUACUGCUUUACCCUUUGCCCUCUCCCUCCAAGCCAAACAGUUAUUACUCUGAAAAAAAUGUAAGCAUCCAAAGGCAAUGGGAAGCUCUAGGAUUACUUAUCCUCCUGUCCAGUCCCCAGUAAAAAACCCAAACAACUGAUCUGAUCAAUAUAGGCGUUAAAGUAAAGCCACAGAGAAGUUAGGGAAGAUUUCCUAGGCUGGAAAGGUACUAAGGAGGCUUUUUUAUGGGUGUGCAGGGACAAAGCCCAUUUAUCAUGGUGAUAACACUGACAAAACACUUUGUCAAAGUGUUCUCACCCCCUCCCCCAAAAGAUACAGAAAAUGACCUGUAGCUGAUCAGUCAUAAAUCUAUAUUUUUAAAUACUGAAGUGGGAAAACAAAUUAUCUUCAGAAUUGGGGCUUUUAUUUUUGCGCUUUAUUUAUUUAACUUAUAAUAAUCAAAUAAUUAAUAUAUUUUCUCUGUUUUAUAUGAAUUGGGCAGUAUCCUUCACAGCUGGCUGCAUGGCUGGGCAUUGUGACUUGUAUUGUCUGAAGUUAGAAAAAUGCAGCACCACCCUGGUGUGUUUGAAUAACUCCCCUUAAUGAUGUUUCUAAAGCAAAUGGCUGCAGAGCACAUUGGACCAUACAGUCACUGCAAUAACAGGACUUCUGCUGCUUCCACCAGGGUUUGUACCAGUUCACAGAGAGCAUUAGCACAGAGCGCUUGCUGCCACUUCCUUUGGGUUUGGACAUCAGGGUAGGUCAUCAGUUUGUUCCUUUUGCAACAGGAAACCAACGUAAAAGUUGCUAUACUUGAGUUUGAUUGUGGCCAAUCCCUGCAGAAGAACAGCCCAGGGUUUGGAAUUAUUAGUAAAGGACAGUUCAGAUGAGGUAUGCAGUGCCUUGGUACACAUCCAUCAAGAAAAGCCUGUGUGACAGUCACCCAUGUAGCACCUGGUUUUAGUUGAUGCCGGCCAUGGCACCUCAGCAAGCUCCAAAUUCGCUUAGCGUGAUGGGACAGCCGUGCGCUGGUGGCUCUGCUGGCUUCAUUUAAAAAGCUCAGUGUCUAGCCGGUACUGGUGCUCAAAUUACUGACAAAUUAUUAACAUGAUUCCAACUGCAUUUGGAGCUCAGAGGGAGUCCAGACUGGGGCAGAUGUCUGCCCUGCCAGGGCUUGUGGACCUGCUAGAACCAUGGCUGUGUGCCCACCAAGAUGAGGCUGGACUUGGGAGGUACUGGUCCUCACUGGCCAAGGAGACCAGCCAGUGCCUACAGCUGGGCGGAGGUGGAAGGGAGAGACCAUCGGGGGAAGAAGGUGGUGAUACACGUUUCUGGGCUCUCUCCCUUCAAACCAGCUUCCCAAGGGAGCAGCUGGGACCAAAAUAAGCAAGUCUUUUGAUGGUGAGUUUUCCCUUCUCCCCCCAGCCCAAGCAGCCUACUUUGCUUUCCAGGGCUGAGGGCAGGUUUGAGGUGCUGGGCCUGGGUUUCUGCAGGUCCCCAGUGCAGGCGCUCCACUGGAUGCCAUGCAUGGAGUAGCUUUGCCCAGCCCUGGCACUGCCAGGAUAGCUGAGAGGAGAUGGGGUUGUGCCAGCAGAGUCCCAUGGGAUGGGGAAACCAAAGGUUAAAUGGUCUCUGACAGCAGUCAGUUCCCCAUUGUGCAUUGCAAAGUUGUAUAUGGUUCAUUACCAGGGCACUCAGAGGUACCUGGACCAUAAAGCUCUCUGCCGCUCCUGAAGGUGAGCCUGCCUUCAGGGCACCUUCACCAAAGCCCUGUGUGCCCGGGCUGGCUGCCUGCCUGCAGUACCGCUGUGUGGCAGCGAGUUUGGGGGCUGGCAGAGGGGUGUUUGGUGCAGCCCCUGGCAGCAGUGCUGUGCAAAGACCCCCCGCAUAGCAGGCUUCUGCAGAGUGCUCCAACCGCUAGCUGAAGCAUGGGGGAUAGGGGUGGGGGGAGUUACGUCUCAUUUAAAAACAUGUAUCAGCUAUAAACUUUGCCUCAUAAAGAUAUAUUAAAUAAAUACUAUAUAUUCUACAAGCCCCACAGCAGUGUGGCUUUAAAUUGUGGUCAAUGAAACAUAUUUUUUCAAAUAUAGAAGAAGUUGUAUUUUUUAUAACAAUGCUUAGUGAGGGGGAAGAUUUGGUUUUGUGUUUUUAACUUCAGCUUAAAUCUUAGUUCGUCUUUCCUGAGAAACCUGACAGGAAUGUUUGUCUCAUUCUUGACCUAAAACCUGAUCAAAGCCAUCUUGACCUCCUAAAACCGAUGCAUGUGUAAAAGAAUAAUAUAGCUUUGGGUGCCCCCCUCGCAGAUCCUGGAGAAGGAUUACCAUUUUUGCAACACUGUCUUACUUGCAGAAUGAUGUAAAAAGAUGAGACCAUCUUCCCGGUGAAGGAGGCAGUUUGGUUGGAAGGCAUUGUGUAUGUUCAUCCACUCGCCUGAAUUAGGCAGGUAACAUAUCCACGGAGUUUACUCCCAGUUGAACCGGAUUACAUUUAUAUGCCGCAAGGCCGACUCUCCACAUUUUGGAGCUGGGUUUAUGGUAGUUACGGAGAGAGAAAGGCUGAGUAAUGAAUCCUGCUUUCCUGAACCAGCACUUUACACUCCAUCUAUGCAGGAUGACGGUCUGCAAACUGGCAGCAUAUUUGGAGAACGAUUCAGACCAUGAGCUACCAAAGCAGUGAAACCCUUGUGAAGUUUUGAGCUGACUCCCUGUCUCGUUGGCAUCCAUGCUGAAAUGCUGUGUUUGUUCAGGACAUUAAUCUUGUGAAAGGUUUAUUGCAGGCGAAGAAGAAGAAUGGAGUAUGAUAUGAAAUGGGUUACUUCCACCAAAAUGGAAUGCUAUUGUGGAAGAUAAAUCGAGCGACUUACCUUGUGAUAAACUGGAUAUUAUCUUAAUUAAUCACAGGAAAUGUCUUCUUCCUCUAGCAUUGCAUAGCUUCUAAAAUAAUGAGUUAUAAAUACAUUGUUUUCUGCCAACUCCAGUGCUUAGCAUGGCUAGCAGAGAUUACAAAUUAAUAAAUGGCUGAAGCUCUACCUGGUGGGGGAGAGUUCACUCACUCUGCAAGUUGCAUUGGCUAAACCUCAGUGCUCACCAAUAUUAAAGUGGAGAAUUAAUGGAAAGCUGGUAAGACAGGACUCUCGUGUACUCACUGUGCAUUUUAAUCCUAAAUGAAAAACAUAAUAAUUGUGUUGCUUUUUCCUUUCCCCAUGAAUAAUAUUUUCAGCUGAUGGAGUUUGUUUUAUUUUAUUGCUUAUUUAAAGUCCAGCAUUCUUUGGUUCCAUUCUUUUUCCAUCCCCCAGGAUAAAUGAUGCAGUGGGGGGCGUUUUCUCUCUCUCAUAGACUCCUUGGACUAGAUCUUCCUACAAAUGUGCAGGCAACUUGUUUUGGCCAAACAGUAAGUGAAUGCAGCAGUGCAAAUGGCCUUCCUUCCAGAGAUCUCGAUGAGGACGGGGGUGCGUGCAUGCAUGCAUACGGGUGGAAGAAGUCUAAGUGAAAAAAAAUGCAAAAUAAAGAGCCUAACUUGCAGGGAAGACUGGACACCCCUAAAAUUAUCUAAAAACUAUGAAAGCUUCUCAAGAGUUACAGAAACCAGGCCAGAUAUGGUGUACAAUAUUUGGUGAAAGAAGAUAAUUGUCAUUCUAAUUUUAAUAAUUAGGCAAUUUAGAAUAUAGUUGUACGAUCUUUUGCCCCACUUGUCUUCCAACUCAGUGAAACAGUUGGUAUGUGCUUAAGUCUCCUCAGUCUGUAUGUGAUUAAGCUGACCAAGUGCUCAAUUUCUAUCUUUCAUAUAUGCAAUUACGCACAAUCUUUGGAAAAAAUUAGCCCUUAGAGGGUUCUUUUUCCCCAACCUUCAGUCUCUUGCAGCAAUUUCAAAAUGCUCCAUUUUGCUUUCAUGUACAUUUAAACCCAGCUGCAAAAAAAAAAAAAAAAAAAAAAACAGAAAAAGAAAAAAAAAGCGCUUGGCAUUUACUAGUGUUUCAGUGUGGCAAAGUUGCUUCAGGUAAUCUCGAUAACUUUGUGCAAAAGUUCAUUGCCAUGUUUGUACCGACUUGCUGAAAUUUUUUUUCUACUGGAAAAUACCCCCAGUGGUAUCCUCUGUAAAAGUUAUGGCUUCUACAAUUGUAUUACUGUAGAAAUCUCUGCCUGAAGUGGAUGUCACGCUGCGUGUUCCUCUCAUGCGGGAGUUGUUUGCAUUGCCUGUUGUUCAUAUGGUUCUUAUUUCUGAAUCUAUUUUUUUUAUCAGUUGUGCAUAUCUUUUGGAAAAAAACAACACGAAAACAGCCCAUGGAUUAGAAAUCUUUAAAAAAUAAAUUCGCACUUAGCAGCAGCUGGAUGUAUGUCAGUGGUACAGGAAUUUGCAAAGUCUUUGCUUUUUUCACUGUGGGAUUUAUGGCUAGAUUUCACGUAAAGGAGUUAUGCUCGAAGUCUUUGCAAAAGAAAAUGUAUGUAAAUGUUUAUUUUAUAUAAAAAGUAA